GACUCCGCCGCGUCACUGGUCCCAGAACACGCCCCCGCCGCCGCUGCCCCGCCCCCUGCGCUCUCCCGGCGCCCCCUGGGGAGCGGGGAAACAGUUCGGAACCCUGUACCAGCGCCCCUGCCGUCAAUGGAUCUCAGAGCUUUAAGGGAGAGAGUGUGUUAGAGGGGGAGUAGGCUGGUAGUGGAGCUAGAACAGGGAGAGGACGCAUCUUGGAUCUAGAGCUGGGAGAACGUUCCAGGCCCCGAGAUCUAGAAUUCUGCCGGGGGGUCGGGAGGGAGUGUGUGCUAGGCUCUGGGGUCUAGAGGCAGGGCAGUGUUCUAGAACAUCGCAGGCUUCGGAGGACACGUGACCUGGCCUCCAGGUGUUUCUGCUGGGCGUGGCCGCCUGCCUUGCCCUUCCCCCACCAGGAAUCCUUCCUGCCGAGCUCCAGGGUCCCCUGCAGGGAGCACUCUCUGUCUCCGGCCUGCAGUAUUCCCCUCCUCUUCCCCAAGGGGGAGGAGCUCCCCUCACUGGCUUUGCCCUGGCUUUGCAUUAGGGUGAUGGCCAGGGCUCAGCAGCAGGGCAAAACUGCCUGGCCAGGCAGAGGUUGGGGAGUCCUCCUCCCCCCCAGCUUAUGGUCUGAGGGCAUCUGGGAAGCCCCCCAGUAGCAGCGAGUGUCCCUGGAGGAGGGAGGGGGCCAGGAGAGGAACAGACUCUGUUGGGAUGCCAGAGGACAAGAGAGCGUCUAAGGGCCAGGAGAGAGGCCACCCUCGGAGUCCUCCCUCUCCUCUUCCUCCUCCUUUGUCCACCUCCCAUGGAAUAGGCUCCGCCAGCCUGGAGCCCCCCUUCCACGCAGUCCUCAGGGGUUUCGCCGGUUUCCCAAAGGUCUCAGGCAGGGGGGCUCCCUGUUGGCUUGCCUGCUUCUCCAGGAGCCUCCGGCUGGCAUCCUCUUUGUUCCCGGGGUAUUGAAAAUCUGCCGUGCGAACUCCAGAGGAACUUCCAGCUGAUGCGGGAACUGGAUCAGAGAACAGAAGAUAAGAAGGCGGAGAUCGACAGCCUGGCUGCCGAGUACAUCUCCACGGUGAAGACUCUGUCCCCGGAGCAGCGGGUGGAGCACCUGCAGAAGAUCCAGACCGCCUACAGCAAGUGUAAAGAGUACAGCGACGACAAGGUGCAGCUGGCCAUGCAGACCUACGAGAUGGUGGACAAACACAUCCGCCGGCUCGAUGCAGACCUGGCACGCUUCGAAGCUGAUCUGAAGGAGAAGAUGGAAGGCAGCGACCUGGAGAGCUCGGGAGGAAGAGGCCUGAAAAAGGGCCGGGGGCAGAAGGAGAAGAGAGGCUCCCGGGGUCGAGGGAGACGCACGUCCGAGGAAGACACCCCGAAGAAGAAGAAACUCAAAGGAGGGUCGGAGUUCGCUGAAACCAUCCUGUCGGUGCACCCCUCUGACGUGCUGGACAUGCCUGUGGACCCCAACGAGCCCACCUACUGCCUGUGCCACCAGGUGUCCUACGGAGAGAUGAUCGGCUGCGACAACCCAGACUGUCCCAUCGAGUGGUUUCACUUUGCUUGUGUGGACCUCACCACGAAGCCCAAAGGGAAAUGGUUUUGUCCACGCUGUGUUCAGGAGAAGAGAAAGAAGAAAUAAGGGAGAGUCAGAAGCAGCAGCUAAUCUAUUCCUUCCUUCCCGUUGUAAUAGCUUAUCUUUGUUUUAAACUACCUUCUCGUUUGGGUCUGGUGUUGACUUCUCCAAUGGCCAGUUGUAAUUCUUGGUGUUUCGAGACAAAAAGCAGAGCGCCCGCUCUCCUGAAGGGGGAGCCACAGGGACUUCCUUCUCUUCACUUUUUAUGCGGAUUUCCAGCUAGCUCUGAGGCGGCAGGAACCCUUCUAGGCAUUGGGGGGUGGCCCAGGAGACGCCCCGCUGGCCCUGGCAGAGUAGCUCGGGGUGUUGGAGCGAGGGCGGCCCUUGGGAAGCCUUUCGUCGGGAAGUCUCCUGGCGGGGCCUCGGCUCCGGUUCUGAAGCCUGUGACUGACUGUUUACUCUGGGGGAGCCCCUCUCCCGUGCCUGCCUCUUAGGGGUGCAGGAGGUCGCGCACUGCCCCGUUGGUUUGGAUCCGCCCGCUCUGGAGGAGGAAGCUCUUGUUAGCGGCCCGCAGAGCUGCUGCUCACCCAUUUCUCUGGAAGUUCCUGAAGUUUUUACUGUGAAGACAAGCUUAGUGUUUUAGCAUGAAGAUAGUGCGGUCUGAUGUGUUUUAUGAAGUGAACGUCCAGCCACUGCGGCCCGAGUCGAUACUGAUUUAUGUUGCACACUGUUAGCGUAAGACGAGAAGCUGUAUCGGAGGGCACCGGAAGCCCCCAGGAAGACGUGGGAUCCUCUGCUGGCUGCGAGCAGCCUUCCGACUUGAUCAGCGUUCCCCAGCCGGGUUCAAAUGUCCUUUCCUCAGGUUUUCCACGCGUCACUUAGCUUAGGUUAGUUUGCUUUGCUGCUUUUGAGACACCCAGAAGUCUGCUAAUACUCUAAGCAUCCGGGAAUCCCUGUAGCUUCAUGCUAGAGCGGUCAAGAAGAGACUAGAGGAGGGGGCGGACACAACCGCCUCCUCGUGCUCCAGACGGCGGACCUUGUGAGAUCCUUGAGGCCCGAGUGGUGCCCUUUCAUUGCUGUCGGACCGAUGGCCUCGGCUCGGCUUCCUCCCGCGUUUGCCCACGUUGUCCUUCCUGAUUGUCCUCCUCAGGGGUGAGAGCCUGGGAGAAGCUGCCCGUCUGUCUGUCUGUCGUGAAGUUCAUUUCCAGCGAGUGAGAGCGAUGCGAACCUCCCACAGCAGGGAUGACCUUCAUGAUGGACAAGACUCCAGUUCUCCCCGGGGCUCCCCGCCCUCUGCAUCAAGCCCUUUGGCGCUUCUGACACGCGCCGAGCGCCCUGGUAUCAAGGCCUUCGAGUGGUGCUGUUUACAUUGAGGAUUUGUGCUCCUCUUUGAGUGUUCGGUUAAGUCUGGAGAAAGAGGGAUCUGGCAGCCACCCCCUUCCAUAGGGCCGGUGCUGGGUUCAGAACCCGUGGCUCUGGGCUCUCAGGCUGACUGCCUUCUGGCCAGGGCAAAGUCCAGCUUGUGUCUUCCUUGAUUUACUUAACGCUUUCUCUCGGCUCUGCUCCGUUGUUGAGAUGCAGAGAACGUUUUCUAGAUUUUCUUCCUGGAUUUAAGGAUGGUGACACAGUAAAUUUGCAGUCCGGAAGAGAAUUUCUGCUGGUUCCUUAGUGGGCAGUUUUAAUAAAGUGCUGCUUUGGGCCUGGGGAAGAGUGGAGGAUUGUUGGUCAUCAUUUGGGGGCAGUGAUCUUGGCCCCCCUUUGCUGAGUCUUUCAGAGGCUCUGCUUAGAGGAUGCUCUUUUGCCAUUUGAAAAGAAUGUCACCCCAGCAUUUUUUUAGGCACCUGGCUUUGGGCAAGGACACUGAGAGCAAAGAGAGAAGGCCCCCUCCGUCCCCCAGUUGUGUGUGUGUGUCUGUCUGUAGCACAGUGGUGCCUGCAGGGUUCUCUCCCUUCCUCUUAGCCCUCUGUAGUUAGUCCGAGCUCAGACGGUGAUGUUGGGGGGAGUCUCAGGCCAGUUCUAGCCUUUAAGCUGAUCCCCACAUGCAGAUGUGGUCUCCUCUUCCAUUUGGCCUUGUCUUCUUUAGACUAGAAAACCCCUUUGUCUCCUCUUGGUCCCCGUCAGCCCAGGCGCCCCUGGAAGGUUUGGGCUGGACAGGGUGUGUGGGAGGAUGGAGGCCAGAGCUUCCCUGAGCCUCCCAUCGCUCUCCCCCAUCUGGGCACCUCGCACAGUUCCCUGCACAUGCUUCCUGCUUAAUAAGUGUUUGUUGAUUGACAUGAAUGCGUUCUGAAUGUCCCAGACUAUUUAAUCACACUGUAUAUGAGCCAGGUCCAAUGUGUUACCCAUCGGUUGUUGUGCUUCUUUGUGAGUCACUGCUAGUCUAGUCCGAAGAAGAGUCAACAUUUCAGGAUUUGAUUUUCCCUUUCUUGAUGCUUAGAUUAUUAGAGCGAACACUUCUAGAACAGUUCUUCUGUUGUCUCCUGGGAGAAAACGCGCAGCAUUUGAAGAAACCCAGAUUUGUGUCAUUGAGUCCCAUAAGCCUGUGCUGGUCUGGAGCAGAAUUGCUGGCUAGAAACAGCCGUCAGGCAGGCAGCAGCUACUGAGUCCCUAGAAAGGCAGAGUUGGGGCUCCCCGGCAGCCAGCAGGGAGUUGGGGGGUGUCGGAGAAGGGUCGUCUUCCAGCCAGAGCCCAAGAGGCUUCUCUCUAGCAUUAACGAACAAUCAGGAAAAGGGACCAUUGAUAGGCAGUCAAUCAUAAAUCAGGUUUGACUCCAUUCUUCUUUCUUUCUUUCUCCCGUGACCCCUCAAAGGGUGUAUCGGGUCGUCGGCACUGGAGCAGGGCUAGUCCAAUAGAAUCUAGCAAUAAAGCCAGCCAAAGCAAGCAGCUUCUGGACGUUUGGCUGUGACUGCCCGCUCGCUCCAUCAGGUGGUUGGGCUUGGGAGUGGGCAGGGGCUUUUGCUUUUCUUUUUCCUUUUAAACAAAAUGAAGAAUUUUGAUUCCGGGCAUUGAGAAGUUUCAAGGUUUCCCGUGUUCUGGGUGUUCCAGUGUUUGCUGUUCAUCACCUUUGCCAAAAGGGGUGGAAAACCUGGGGAAAUCUGAGAACGUUCCAAUUCGUGCAAAGUCAGAGAUGUUUUUCCACAUACGUGUCUCUUGUGUCUUCAGCUUUACCACAUUUCAUCCAAAAAGAUGAUGCAGCUUUAACAUGAAUGUUACAUUUUAUUUUCAAAGGAAUUAAAUCUAUGUUCCCUUUGUAAAUGGAAGAGAAUAUUGUAAAUCUUUUUAUUAAAAAUAAUGUAAAGUAAAGAUGUAUAUCUGUAUUUUUGGAUCAUGUUAUAGAUAAUGGAUAUAUUGUUUAAUAAAUAAAGUAUUUUUGGGAACAAAAA